AUGCAUAAUAAUUCAAAACUAUUCAUUUGUUUUCUAAUAUUUUUAAAUAUAAUAAAUAUAUUAAGUAAAGCAUCUUUUGCUACAAUUUCCCGCUUAACAUAUGAUACAGGACAUAUAUUGGGAUCAGAAGAUCUUAAAAUUAAUAGAAAAGGAACUCUUUCUAUUGAAGAUAUCAAUUGCCCAACAAAUAUUGGAAGAAAAUUAGAAGAAAAAUUACAAUAUUAUAAUUUAGAAUAUAGAGGAACAUUUUUAGAAACGUUAUCAAAUACCACAAAAUAUAAUGAAGUUUGUAGAAUUUAUAAUGAAAGCAUGAUAUCACUUCUUCAAUGUCCUAAAGAAGAGGUUCAAGCACCAACUGCUAUAAUUGCCUUACUUAAAAUUUUUUGUCAUAUAAAAAAAGAAAUAACAAUGAAAUAUGUACAAUGUUGUUCUAGAAUAGAAGUUUUAAAAUCAGGAGAUUCAAGUAAUCGGGAAAUUAGUUGCAUUUUUGCUUACUGUUCAACUGUUUGCCUAGCUAAUCAAAUAUCAGAAUGUGGGGUAGAGGAAGAUUUAAAAGAUAUUUAUUACUAUCUUAAUGGUGCUUCAAUGCUACUUGGAGUUGAGGCUGCCCUUAGGCACGAUGUUUCACCACCACAAAUGCUUGAAGCAUAUAAUAAAAUACCGUUAAAGUGUCGAGAGAUGAUGGAAAAAUCCGUUUCUGCUUCAAUGGGAAAAUUUUAA